AUGAACUCAAAGCUCCUAAUCUCACUAAUCAUCACCUUAACGACUCUACUGUCAGCCCGCUCUCUCCACUCUACGCAUAUCACAAAAGCUCAACAUAGUCAACUAGCCGACCUAACCACCCAUCAUCCUGAACAUAAAAAGUUCAAGAAGAUGGGGAAAAAGUUCAGGAAGAUGGAGGUAGGUGAAGAACCAACUGAAGCCGUAGUUGAUGGUACACCAGAACCAGAAAAGUUGUCUCAAGAAGUUGUGGAAGAGCCUGAGGAACAACAUGUUGUUGCUACAACUGAGCCUGCUGUAGCUGAGGUAGUUGAACAUGUUGAGCAUCAUACGACGGUUCAUGCUCAUGGUCAUGGGCACGGUAAAGCGCAUAAGAAAGUGGAGAAGUCGGCUGAGAUUGUAAGUACUAUAAUAUUGAGUUGUUCAAAAAAUUCCGUGCUCCGUAACGUAAAAAAUUGUUUUGAGUGAGUGCACAGAAUUAUUUGAUCGACCUAAAUUGUAAUAUGACUCUACAUGUUAAUAUAAGACUUUUCAAUUAAUUCUGUGCUCUCUGAUACUGAAAAGCCGUUUUGAGAAAAACACAGCAUUAUUUGAACAAUUGAUUACAUUAGAUUACUGUAAGAUCAUAAGUUUAUCUUACUGUAAUAUCAUGAGCUUAUCUUACUGUAAUAUCAUAAAGACUAAAUUUACAAAAUAUUUGUAGACUGAACCGGAACUCGAAGGAGCUCCAAAACCAAAGUACAAGUUGAUCUACUUCGACGCUCGCGGAAUAUGUGAAUCGAUCCGGCUGUUAUUCCGCUACGCUAAUCAAACCUUUGUUGAUGAACGAAUUUCCAAAAAGAAGUGGUUGGCUAUUAAAGACAGUGAGUUUUUUUUAUUUUUAAAAAGUUUUUUAAAGUUUUUUAUCCCCCCCCCCUUUUCUUUAUUCUUUGGCAAAAAUCACCGCUCAAUUUUCCGGAAGCCAGAAGGCUUUUUCAAUUAAAAAAAUACUCUACCUUAUAUUUUACUUUACUUUAUCAAACUCUACUAUAAUUUGCUCCUUUCUCCUCCCUCCCCCCCCCCUUUACAACUUCUUUAAAUGUCAAAUCCACCGUCUUAUAGUAAUCAGAGAGACCAUUUAUAUCACUUUUCGAUUCAAAAUCCUAUUUACAGCCACAUUCUACGGUAAAAUCCCAAUCCUCGAAGUGGACGGUAAACCACUAGCCCAAUGUUAUGCCAUCUCUCGCUAUCUUGCCAAGCAAUUCAACUUGUCCGGCAAAGAUGACUGGGAAGCGGCCAAGCUUGACGAAGCUGCCGACUUCCACAAAUACGUACUCACCGAGCUAUCACCCUACCUCUUCGUACUCAGUGGGUACCGUAGUGGUGACCGUGAUGCUCUACGUAAGGAUGUGUUUGUACCGAUUGUCGACAAGAACUUCCCCAUCUACAACAACCUUCUGAAGGCUUCGAACAGUGGCUUCUUUGCCAAAAGCGGCGUAUCUUGGGUUGACUUUGUUAUCAGUGAAUACAUGACUACUAUCAGGCAUUACGAACCUGCCAUUUUGGAAAAGUACCCAUUGUUGGUCAAGUUUAUCGACCGGGUUCAGUCGUUGCCACAGAUCAAAGAGUACAUUAAACAACGUAAUCAUACUCCACUUCAGUUUUCUUAG